AUUUUGAUGUGCUGAGUCCGAGCCGGCCAUGUUUGAGUGUAGAGUGUGAUCAGGUCGGAGCUCGCGCUGAUUUACUGUGAUUAUAUAAAACAGCAGGAAUGUCCGGGAUCGAUUUCCACUCGCAGAUCUCCGCGAUCAUGCAGGCGCUCGCGGGCGCGGCGGUGGCGGAAAUCUGCAAACUGAUAGAGGAGAGCGGCGCGGCGCUGCGGCUGGAGAUCAAACACAGCCGACAGGAGAACGAGUUCCUGAGAAACAGAGUGAGAGUGAUGGAGAGAGCCUUACUGAACACGGAGAGAGAGAGAGACCCCCCAGUAGGUUUUUCCCAGUUAAAGAGAUCAGCAGUUUCCAGCAGAACUGAGCACAACUCUACAGACCAGCACACAGAACUGCCCGGACAAGCAAACAGCAUCAAAAACGAGCCUGUAGACCUGGAGAAGGAGCCAGACGUGCUGAUCGUGAAAGAAGAAACUGUACAGCCAGCGUUCGGCGGCUCCUCCUGUGCAGUGCAGUUGUCAUUCAGAGCUAACCUGUGCCACACGAAGAGAAUUUACACUUCUCAGGAACCAAACUCUGGAACUGGCUCUAAAGAGGGUAAAAUGGUGCUGAGUGUGGAGUCUGCAGUGCAGCAGGUUGCGUUUGUUGCUGUGGAUACGACUGAAACCGGUGUUCAGAGCGAGGCCAGCGUCGGCACGGACCUGAAAAUGCCGAUCGCAGAAGCCGAAACAACAGGAAGCGACUUCGAUCAACAACAUUUAGAAAACCUGUCGGCUCAGCAGUCGACUUCCACGACUGAGGUGAAGUCCGAUUUCCUGGCGGUCGAAGAGGAACCGGACGGACUGGCAGCAGUUCUGCAGGGAGGCUCGGACCAAUCGUUCCUGCAGGAAAAUGGAGCUUCUGAACAGCAGAACUUGGGUUUUGUUGACUCCUUCACUGGUGUGAGUUUAGACCACGUAUCUUGGAUUUGUGACCGUCAGGUUCAUUCUAACCAAACUCCCAGCGGCCCGUCGGACUGCGCCGUGUGCGGUAAGAGCUUCAGCCACACAUGGCAGCUGAAGCACCACGAGCGAGUCCACGCCGAGGAGAGGGUGUACCGCUGCGGACGCUGCGGACGCCAGUUCCCCCAGCUGUGCAGACUGAAGCGCCACGAGAGGGUCCACACCGGCGAAAAGCCCUUCCGCUGCUCCAAGUGCGGCAAACACUUCUCUCAGGCCAACAACCUCAAGGUCCACCAGAGCGUCCACACCGGCGAGCGCCGCUUCAGCUGCGCCCAGUGCGGCAAGAACUUCUCCUUCCUCAGCAACCUCAUACGCCAUAAAGCCCUGCACUCCGGCAAAUAACCCCGCCCCCUCAGCCCAUCCUCACUAAACACCACGCGCCACCUUAAAAAAGAACAGCUUUCCUCAUAAUUAAAUACUCAGAGUGCCUGAUACACCGGAUUACCGAGUUCUGAGAAGAUUUUCCAUCUAAAACCUUUUUACUAUUUUGUAAUUGCAUAUCAUUAAAACUGUGGAGGGAUACAUCCUGCAGGAUGUAGUGCAGCAAAAAAAAAGUACCUAAAGAAAAGUAGUUCCAGAUGUUCCACUAUUUUACCUAAAAUGAUCUAAAUAAACUCUGGUGUAGAUCAGCGCUGGGUUUGGACAGUAAAUGAAACACUGGCUAUAUUUGUGUUUAGUCAUGUGACCCACUUUUGCCUCCAAUCACCAUCUCUGUAAAGAAAUUAAACAUUUCACACCAGAGCCCACACACACAUCUCCUACAUCUUCUGUUUAUGUAACGUUCUUAAAAAGUGGAAUUCCUCAAAAACUGUUGUAUAGCAGCAGAACUGUAACAGAGUAAUAAAAUACUUCUUAAUUAUUAAUAAGGAAUGUUUUACAUUAACUGCGGAUAUAAUUUACUUAUUAAAUUAGUUGUAACAAAAAGUUAAAGAACGUGUACUGAUUUAAAACUGCUAUCAAAACUGAUUUUUUUUUAAAAUAUGUAAAGAUCAGUAAAUCUGUGGGUUUUUGUUUGUUUUUAUAAAUAAAUGUUUUUCUGUGAGGUUUACACUGAUAUGAGUUCUACAGGAAGUAGAAAUAAAUUUUCCACACUGACUCAACAUCAUCCAGUAAUCAACCAGCAAAUAUAUCUAAUAUAAACAUUUCCUCUGUGCCGCUAGGAGGCGCUGUAACAUCACUGCACAUGCUGGGGUUUAAUCACUGACUUAUAAUUGCACAUUUUAGACAAUUUAGACAUUUUAGAAAAUUGUUAAUUUUCUCUAUUUUUACAUUUUAUCAAAAUUCUAAAUGUGUGGAAAUGAGUUUGUGUAUAGAAUUUAUUUCACAUUAAAAGCUAAUCUGACUGGUGAUGCAUGAGAAUAUCAAGAUAUAAGAACUGGUCUUUGACAGUCUGACAGCCUCCCUCAUAUUUAAGUCAUUUAUUUUUAAUUCAGUGUUAUGAAUGUUGUUCCUGAUGAUCCAUUAAUUAAUGUUUUUAUUUUUAAAAUCAACAUGAUGUUCCAUGUGAGUUUUCUGUUGGUAUUAGCGUUUAGCACAGUGUUAACUGUCUGGUGUUUUCUGUGUUUUUUGGAUCAGUCUAAUUACUGGAUCAGGUAAUGGAGCAGGUGAAAAACAGAAACACCAUUCUCUCAUUGGUGCAGAAAAAGAUUAAGUCCUUUAAGCUCCUCCUUGUGGGAAGUCUGGUUCACUUCUUCAGAAACACAAUUUAAUGAAACGUUUUACUUUGAGCACAUAAAUUUAUAAAAUGUUUUAUUAUUAAAUUUUAACUGUGUGAA